UCGCUUGUUGUCAUCGGUUUGUCAACGGUUCGGGUCGGGGCGCCGCGCGCGUGAAAGGCCAUCAGCUGCUGUCAUCAUGACAAAAGAAACCAUAAUAAACUGCCGCAUCAUGUCCCAUAAGUGAACAACCACCCUGUGCCCGAAACGCCUCCUCGUCGUCGUCGUCGAUAUCAUUUACCAAUUAUUAUCACCACUAUGCUUGUGUGUUUGUUUGUUUUUUUCAAAAAAAAGUUUAUCCCCGAAAAGCAUGAACAAGGAUAAAGCGUCCGUGGAAUGGGAUUAUGGUGGGAGCGCUGCUGGUGCCGCCGCCACCACCACCACCACCGCCACUGCUGCUGCUGCUUCUUCAUCAUCUUCUGUUCCUUGUUCUUCUUCACCAUCAUCAUCAUCUUCAUCAUCUUCAGAACUGGUGCUAAUCAUCGGGAAAGUCGGGGUUUGCUACGUGAACGCGCUGACGAGCGACGAGGAAGGAGCCACCCGGGCAGCGUCGACCUCCGCUUCUCCAGCCGUUACUUUAGUUUCGCCGUUUCUCUCCUCUUAGCCCCUCUCCGCGCCGCCGCCGCCGCCUGUUAUGGAGGUAGUGGGCGACUUCGAGUACAACAGGAAGGAUCUGAUCGGGCACGGGGCGUUUGCUGUGGUCUUUAAAGGCCGUCACAGGAAGAAACCAGAUUGGGAAGUGGCUGUAAAAUGCAUAAACAAGAAGAAUCUAUCAAAAUCACAAAUCCUUCUCGGGAAAGAAAUCAAGAUAUUAAAGGAACUCCAACAUGAGAAUAUUGUAGCUCUUUAUGAUGUUCAGGAGACACCAAACUCAGUCCACUUGGUGAUGGAAUAUUGCAAUGGGGGUGACCUGGCAGAUUAUCUACAAGCCAAAGGGACACUUAGUGAAGACACCAUUAGAAUCUUUCUCCAGCAGAUCGCUGCUGCGAUGCGUGUGCUUCACAGCAAAGGAAUCAUUCAUCGGGAUCUGAAACCACAGAAUAUUCUCCUGUCGAAUAUUAGCCGGAAAAAAUCUAACGUGAAUGGCAUUCGAGUCAAAAUAGCGGACUUUGGCUUUGCCCGGUAUUUGCAGAGUAACAUGAUGGCUGCCACUUUGUGUGGGUCCCCCAUGUACAUGGCACCCGAGGUCAUCAUGUCACAACAUUACGAUGCCAAGGCAGAUCUUUGGAGUAUAGGCACUGUAAUAUUUCAGUGCCUUGUUGGCAAGCCUCCUUUCCAGGCAAACAGCCCACAGGACUUGAGGUUCUUCUAUGAGAAGAAUAAGAAUUUAGUGCCUAACAUCCCAAGUGAAACUUCCAGUCAUCUGGGUGGCUUGUUGCUUGGCUUGCUUCAGAGAAACCAGAAGGAUAGAAUGGAUUUUGAAACAUUCUUCAACCAUCCUUUCAUGGAUCAAGCUCUGUCAGUCAAAAAAUCAUGCCCUGUGCCUGUACCCACGUGCCCUGGUUCCGUUUCUGGCAGUUCGUGUAGCAGUUCUCCAUCUUGUCAUUUUGCCUCUCCUCCUUCCUUGCCAGACAUGCAACGCAUACAGGAAGACACCCUGUCUUCUCCACCCUUGGGGCCGCCUAACUAUCUGCAGGUUUCCAAAGACUCCGCCAGCAGCGGUAGUAAGAACUCUUCAUGUGACACAGAUGACUUUGUUCUAGUUCCACAUAGCAUCUCUUCAGACCAGUCGUACGAUAUGCCAUUGGGGACAGUUGGCAAACGGCCUUCCAGUGAAUUUCUGAUGUGUGGAGGGCAGUGUCAGCCUCCUGUGUCCCCACGUACUGAGUCAGCUCCUAUUCCGGUUCCUACGCAGAUUCAAAACUAUCAGCGGAUUGAACAGAACCUGCACGUUACGUCCAGCCACAACACUAAUCCCUAUGGGUCACCCAGGUCUGGAAUGGUGAAGAGAUCCAACACAAGCCCGAUGGGUUUUAUGAAGCCAGGAUCCGGCUCGCCGGUGGCAGCAGAUGUGCCGCCGAAUUCAGGCCGUAGGCUCUCCACGGGAUCCUCCAGACCAUACUCGCCUUCACCACUAGUUGGAACUAUCCCUGAACAGCUUGGUCACUGCUGCUGCAGCCUGCCUCAGGGGCACGAGUCAAGGUCUAGAACCCCAUCAGGUUCACCCUCACCACAGUCGCACUUAAUGGGUGCAAGACUCCAGAGUGCCCCAACCCUCACUGACAUUUACCAGAACAAGCAAAAACUACGCAAACAGCACUCUGAUCCAGUCUAUCCUUCAUCAGCUGGCUAUGGUUGCAGUCAUUCUCCUCAGCCUGGUAGGCCAGUAAGCCUUGGUACUUCUCCCACAAAGCAUAUGGGAACAUCCCCCAGAAGUUCAGAUUGGUUGCACAAAACCCCUUUACCUACUAUCAUUGGGUCACCAACAAAGGCCACUGCUCCUCUCAAGCUUCCUAAAACUCAAGCGUCUUCAAAUCUGCUUGCCUUGGUUGCACAGCAAGGAUUAGCUGAGAUUCCAGCACAGUCCAAAGCCAUGUUGGAAGUAAGGGAGUUCACCACUUAUCACAGUUCACAAGUGAAACAUGCAGUUUCUGAGGAUAACAAGACCACUUUUGGCAGAUCAGUAAGUACCGGAAAAUUGUCAGAGCAGUUAGUCAGGACUACGUUCGGAGGACAACCCUAUCAAGGCAGCACGGACAGUCUCAAUACGGAACGCCCAAUGGAUACAGCUCCAGCAGGUGCUUCUGGUUUGACAAUGGGUUCACCUGCCAUGGUAAUAGGAGUGUGCCCAAGGACUGUGGUGUUCACUGUAGGUUCACCACCCAGUAGUGUCACCCCUCCCCAUAGUAGUCAUAUGGUCACCAGAGCAAGAACAAUGUCAGUUGGCUCAAGUAGCCCCCUGGGGUCUCUGUGCUCCUACAGUGGCCGGAUUUACAUGGGUUCCCCACCAGGCGCUUACAUGGGCACCUCACCUCCAGGAGCCGAGGGCCCUUCAAGUUUGAAGUAUAUGACGUUUGGUACCUCCCCUCCCAGCUUAGAAGGAUUUAUCACAUUUGAAGCUCCAGAUUUGCCCGAGGAGACUUUAAUGGAGAGGGAACACACAGACACCUUGCGGCACUUAAAUACAAUGCUGACAUUUGUGGAGUGCAUUAUGGACAUCGCAGUGAUGAAAGGAGGUGGCUCUGACCUGGGAACCUCAGGUGCCUCACUGUACCAGAUCCAAGAGAGUGUUGUUGUUGACCAGAUCAGUCGUCUCAGCAAGGAGUGGGGGCAAGUUGAGCAGCUUGUGUUGUACAUGAAAGGAGCACAACUCUUGGCAUCCUCUCUUCACCUGGCUAAAGACCGUGUUAAAUCUGGCAAGCUGAACCCAUCCACAGCUGUUAAGCAAGUUGUUAAAAGCUUGAACGACCGCUACAAGUGUUGCAUCUCCUUUUGCAAGAAAAUGACAGAGAAGCUGAAUCGGUUCUUCUCUGAUAAACAAAGAUUUGUAGAUGAAAUCAACAGUGUUACUGCAGAGAAACUGAUCUACAGCUAUGCUGUAGAAAUGGUGCAGUCAGCAGCACUUGAUGAAAUGUUCCAGCAAACAGAGGACAUCACGUACCGGUAUCACAAAGCAGCAUUGCUGCUGGAAGGGCUGACAAAGAUUCUGCAAGAUCCGUCUGAUAUAGAUAACAUUCACAAAUACAAGACCAGCAUUGAACGCAGACUUUCUGCACUCUGUCAUGGCACGGUGGCUUUGUAUGAAAACUAGCCUUCCAUAAUGGACCACUUCCCUCAGAGCAGGGACCACCUCCCCUGGAUUAAACCCCAGCGUCUCGGAGUCGCCUUUUAUUUUUGUGCAUUUCUUUAUUCAGAAAAGAUAUUCCUCCCGCUUUUACUUUUUUCAGCUGAUGUCAGCUUACUAAGUGAAGGACGCUUGACUUCUGUUUUGAUAAGUUACCAAAGAAGAGUUCUUGAUGCAAAAGAAAGGAAUUUAUGUAUAUAAAUAUAAAGUAGAACUCCUGAGAACCCUCAGUGAUGUAGCAAAUUCUUUCAUUUUCACUUGCCUCAAAGAGGUAAAAUGUGGAACCGAUGUAUUGCUUCUGAAACCAGUUAUCAGUGGAGUGUGCUGACACAAAGCUUGGGAGUACAAUUGAAUUGUAACUUCUGUAUUUCACCAAGAACUCGCUGGGUACUUGAAACCUAUGUUCGGAGAGAAGGAUUACAGAGGAACUUUGUGCCUGGUCUGAUACAUUUGUUGCAUAUAUACAGGACUAUGUUGUGGCAACUCGACAAAUUUGUCCUUUUGCCAAUGAUUUUUUUUUAAAAAAGACACUAAUGACGUGAUGUGUGAAAACAGAUUUUUACUGCAGUUUUAAGUGUUGCCCCAAUCUACAGGUAGUGAGAGGCAUGUUGCCUUGCCAAUCCGUCUGAUGCUUCUUCACAUGCACAUCAAACCGACAAAACUGAUCUUGGAAGAGGAGAUGAGCACUUUAUGUGGAUAGGAAGUUCGUAGGGAACUCAUGGAGCUUACGGCCUGGGCCAACCCCCUGACGUAAACCAGAAGGGAAACGGGCAGUCUUUUGGAUGGAUAAAGCAAGCUAAAUUUUGCUCCCAAAACAUUAGGAGCAGUUGAAACCACAAAGAAUUUUGCUCCUAUAGAACCACUUCUGAUUGCACUACUACUAUUUGGACAUCUUUGAUAACAGUACUGUUAUGCAGGACUCCUUGUGAUCUAGAAGCUGCAAGAAUAGGAAAAGAGAAACUGUACCAGUUAAAUGAGCUCCAUUUAACAAAAGAGACCUUUUGGCGCUCGAGAGCACAAAAGUGCUUGAAGUUUCAAUUAAGACGGCAAACAAAAAAGCAAGCCUGUAUUAAUUACAAGCCUUUCCAUUUUUUUAAACUUGCUAAAUACUUGAGUAGUUGAUAUAGAAAAACAAACUGUAUAAUGAAACUAGUAUUUUUCCUUUUUUUUUUGCACCAGUGAUUGUUUGCUGACUUUUAAAAAAAAACUUUGGGGGCUGGCUUUAUGUUAUGCAUGUAAUAAGUGUGUUUGAAACCAGGGCCACUGGGCAUGAUAAUACUGUAUUACUAAUGCUGUUGUUCAGACAGUAUUAUGGAGAUAAAGCAUUUUGGUGUUGUACAGACUAACAUAAUAUUAGUAUUUGCAGGGGUGGUAAAAGUAUUGGGACCCUGGGAAUUGGAUCCAAAGCCAGAUUGGCUUGUUCAAGCCCAGUUGGGUAACUGGAGGGCCAUGUGUAACUUUGUGUCUAGAGCUAAGGAACUUAUUCAACUCCAAUCCUUGUGUAUAUAUUUUAUGUAACCAAGCGAAUAAGCACAAUAGUCCAUUUUUGUAUUGUAUGUGAUAUGAGGGCUGGCUAAGGCUUAAAGCCUAGUUCAGGGAGAAGUUAUCUCUUGGGUGUCUUGGGAAGGUCAGACGGACAUGAUGCUCCCAAGUGUUCCCGUGACAGGAUCUGAAAGGAUAUUCAGUUGGAAAUUUUAUUUUUGUAAUUUAAAAGAAGUGUGUGGUAUAUAGACACAAAAAGCGCAUUUUGGAAAAAAAAAACUGUGUGGUGCUCAUUAGGUAUGAUUCAGAAGUCACUGUGUGGAGAUCUUGUUUCGGUUUUCCCCUACAAUGUUUUUUUUUAACCUCUUUUUAGCACCUUGUUCGCAUAACUUUGCUUCCUGCCCAACAAACCGGGGCAGAAAGUCCGUUCACAAGAUGUUGAUCCUAGCAAGUCGGUAAAACAGUCGCCUGCUCUAGAGUUACAGAACACUUUUCCACCCUUGAGUAUUUUUGUUAUUCAACUGCUUGAAUACUUGAACUAAAUCCUUCAUACGAUCAUGUUUAACCUCUUGGAGACAGUGGAUUUGAAAUAUGACUGAACAUCUCCCAUGUAGCAAGGACUUUGUUUAGCUUUUUCAGGAGGCUUGUCCAAACUGUUUGCUCUCUUGCUUUAUACAAAGGAAACUAAUGUGUUUUAUUUAUCUAAGCAAUUCCAUUAAUUCUGAAGACUGUUUUUAUUUAUAAAAUAUUUGUACUAUUAGGUCUUUAAUACAGUGUUUCUACCUCUCAUUUGUGUAUAAUGGCAUGCAUAUUCUCUCAAAUCAGGUUGCAGACACAUUGACUUAUGUAGCAGCCUUUUUAAUAUGGCUUGUAUAGAUGUACAUUAAGGAGCCAGAAAUAAAAUCGUCCUGGAAUAUUAAUGGA